AUGAUCUCGAGACCGGUUGUUACGGCUCUAGGAUGCUGCGGUUGUAGGACUGCCAUCUACCGAGCUGUGCUCGGCCCGGCAUCCUCCAGGUCCCCCCAUGGCAGCUCGCAGGCACCACCGCGGCUCCAACGGCCCGCCAGACUAUUUUCCUCUUCUCAGCAUGAAAAGCCGAUUGCCAAUGUGUCCUCCGGUACCAAAGCCUCGGAGUUUGAAAGCGAUGGCACCAAGCACUGGUUCCUCGACGAGGAGCCACCUAGGCAUCCCGCGAAGCUCCAUAAGCAAACUCUCCCCAAAUCUCCCGAAAAUGCCCCGUCGAUGCUCGAGCCGAUGAUGAAUUACAUCUAUGAAGAUAUGGGACUCGACGACCUCUCCCUUCUCGAUCUGCGCGACCUCGAUACCCCUGCGGCCCUCGGCCCGAACCUCAUCAUGAUUUUUGGAACUGCCCGCAGCGAGCGGCACUUGCAUGUGUCCUCUGGUCGCUUCGUGCGAUGGCUCCGAAAGAAGCACAACGUCGACGCCAACGCGGGUGGUCUGAUAGGCCCGGGAGAGCUCAAGACGAAGUUGCGGCGGCUGCGGAAAAAAGCGAAACUGAUGGGAACCAACACGAUGAUCCUCCCGGGCGGGGACAACGGCAUCUCGACCGGUUGGGUUUGUGUCAGCUUCUCAUCCUGCGCCGAUGGUGCCGCUGAAACCAUGAGCUUCGACGACAGCGGCAGGUUCUCUGGCUUCGGCGCCUCGUCGACCGGCACGACGGUGGUGGUGCAAUGCAUGACGGAAUCGAGGAGAGCCGAGCUCGAUCUCGAAUCUUUAUGGCAGGGCAUCCUAAGGAGGAGCUUAGAGAAGACGCGGAAAAUGAAGGGCGAACCCGUUGUUGACGACAAGGAGAUGCUCAAUUUGAUCGCGUCCAAGGUGCAGCAGCCAAGCAACCCGUCAGCACUUCAAUGGCAAGCCCUCCAGCAGGCCUCCCAGCAGCAACGACGAUUUUCCACUUUGGCGCGACGCCUGCACUUCCAGGCCGAACAGCAGUCCCAGAGAAGGGAAUCCCCAAAGAUGGUCACCGACGACGAGUCGACACUUGCGUCCUCGAGCACUAGUGCCGAUGCGAACCUCGAGAUCCUCGCGCAGCGAAUACGGGAGCUACAGACAAGCGGCAUUCCGUUGAAGCAGGACGCCCUCGAGAGUCUCGUUCGGGCGAUCUUCCACGUGUCCCCGGCAACGGCCGAGAGCGUGGCCCUCCGUCUCGAACUUGCGGAUGAGCUGCUGCUGACGGCCCAGGAACGGGGAAUGACGAUCUGGUCGAGGGAUGUACUCGUCACGUUGAUAGAAUCGGUCGUAUCAUGCGCCGCCUACGGCCCCGAGCUGCAGCGCGCGCAGAGAAACCUCGAACUUGUUCUUCUCGAGCUGCAAACCCCCCUCGACCAGGGGCAAGUGUUGCGACUGAUGAUGGUCUACGGUCAACGCCAGGACUGGACCAGGUUCUGGGACGCGUUCCGCUCACCAGCCAGAUUCCAGGCGGCGCGAUCGCCAGAGCUCUACCGAUUCGCCUAUCAGGUCAUGGCCUCGACGGGCGACGCAAAGAUGUGCAUCGAGGCGCUGCGCUGGGUAUAUCCCGAGAUGCUCAAGGAGGAGCCUCCGGUGCUGCCUGCGGGGCGGCUCUACGACGCUCUCAAAAGCUGCAUCCUGGUCGCCGACCCGGCGGCGGAGGGGCUUCAGCACUGCCCACCUCCGUCGGGGACGCUGGACCUCGUCAGCAGUCGACGGCUGAAGCGACGCGAGUUUGUACGCGUGCUCAAGGAGGUGGAGGAUCUGCGGAGGCACAUGGCUGGAGCGCACGCUAGGGAGGAGAGGGCACGGGCGCUCAACAGGUUCUCCGGCUCGUCGCCGGGACAAAAUGCCGGGACCGAGUAG